CAUAUAAUUUAUGGCCAAGUACAAUGAGUAUGAAAACAUACUAAUAAGUAAUCUGAAAGCACGGAGGGUGUUUUGUAACACACUCAAAUAAAUUUUCAUAAUAACAAUAAGAGAAUAAUAUUAUUCUUUAUAUUACUUAUUGAAGUAUGUAUCAGUUUAAAACCAGUUCCCAUUUCCAAUGUGAAAAGUUCAAGGUAGAAACAAAUUUAUUUUAAAACAACAAAAAAUCCGUGACCCACAGUUGUGGGCUGGAUUGCACGCGCAACAUAUGCAAAUAAAAUAAUCAAAAAUUUCUUGCCAUUAAAGAAAUUGAUAAGUUACAGUUAAAAAAUGCUGAUACGCACGAUUUGUGGGCGAUUUAAACCGGCAACAUGUGCUGUAAUAUAUCAACGUUUAAGUAUGUCACAACAACAACAAUUGCAACUUUUACAAAGCCAUUCAUGGCAAUGUCAUAGGUUAAAACACAACCCACUUAUACAAACUAGAAGCUCAUCUUCACAAACGGAAGAUCAUAAAAACCAACCUAAAAUUCAAGUACAAAAUAAUCAAGUAAUUACAAAGAAUUUAUUACAGGAAAUUCGUACAGCACUAUCACCAUAUGCGCGUCUAAUGCGCUUAGAUAGACCUAUAGGCACAUAUUUACUUUUUUGGCCAUGUGCUUGGAGCAUAGCAUUAAGUGCUAACGCUGGUUGUUGGCCUGAUUUUACUAUGCUUGGACUUUUUGCAACUGGUGCAUUCAUUAUGCGCGGUGCUGGUUGUACAAUUAACGAUCUCUGGGAUAAAGAUAUUGAUGCUAAAGUAGAACGUACACGUACGAGACCAUUAGCCUGUGGUGAAGUAACACAAUUUGAUGCCAUAGUUUUUCUCUCAGCUCAACUUAGUUUAGGAUUAUUAGUACUGCUGCAGUUAAAUUUGGAAUCAAUAUUAUUAGGUGCAUGUUCAUUGGGUUUAGUUGUGACAUAUCCACUUAUGAAACGCAUAACAUACUGGCCACAACUUGUUUUAGGAAUGGCUUUUAAUUGGGGUGCUCUUCUGGGAUGGUGCGCAACGCAGGGCUCAGUUUUUUGGUCUGCGUGCUUACCAUUAUAUUUAUCUGGUAUAUGUUGGACAAUUGUUUAUGAUACUAUCUAUGCACACCAAGAUAAAGUUGAUGAUCUACAAAUUGGUAUAAAAUCAACUGCAUUAAGAUUCGGUGAAAACACUAAAUUAUGGUUGUCUGGAUUUACUGCUUCUAUGCUAUCGGGUUUAACAGCUGCUGGUAUGGCUUGCGAUCAAACACUACCCUAUUACGCUGCUGUGGGCAUAGUCGGAGCGCACUUAACGCAACAGAUAUAUUCACUCAACAUUGAUAAUCCAACCGAUUGUGCGAAGAAAUUUUUUUCAAAUCAUCAAGUUGGUCUUAUAUUAUUUCUGGGUAUUGUUUUGGGUACACUAUUAAAACCCAAGGACCAAAAAAGUAAUAAUACAAACUUAACAAGUGGCAGUUUACCACAGCUACAACAGACCACCGGUACGUUAAUGCAAAUUUCGAACAAGCAUGAAGUGCUCAGGUAGUUCCCAUUCUACAAUAGAUAG